UUUAGCAUCUGAACUGUAAACUGGUGAUUUGGGCACUAUUUCUAGUCUUUAGCCUGUUAAAUUCUCCCAUAAGUUGACGAAGCUUUUCUGCUUAUAUAAAAAAACUGCCUCUGUGAUCACAAGAAGCUACAAGCCGAAGGGAAGCUGAUGAUGUUCAAAGGACAGAAACAGACAAUGGCUGAGAAGUGUGUCGUGUGUUUGCUGGGACUGAUCAUUCUCGGCUCACUUUUCACAGGUAGCAGUGGAGUGGAUGAUACUCAUCUGUUCUAUAGUUCUGGUGAAAAUGUCCGUCUGCCCUGUAAUAAUGCUCUUUCUGACUGUACAUCAACUACAUGGAUCUAUAAUAGAGAUAUAAAUACAACUUCAAUUGAACUGAUGACAUUAGGUAUAACAAAGAAUUACAUCGAGAGACACAAGAGACUGAGUCUAGGCUCUGACUGCUCUCUAAACAUCCAGAAAAUCACAGAAGAAGAUUAUGGAGUUUACAGUUGCAGACAAUUUGUAGAUGAAAAACAGCAAGGAACUGAUGCACGUGUUUAUCUGCAUGUUCUUCAGGUCACUUCAUCAUCCUCACAAACUGAGAUCAGACCGGGCAGCUUUCUGUCGCUUUCCUGUCAAUUACAUACUGAUGGAUUUUAUUGUGAUACUUUGAUCCACUUUCAAGGAGUUGAGCUGAUCUGGGUGAAUGAGGCCGGUGUGAAUCUUCAGACAGACUCCAGAUAUAAGAUAUCAUUCUCUUCAAAACACUGUAAAAGCUCUCUGACUACAAGACUCCUGAAUGAAGAUCUCAACAGAGAGUGGAGAUGUCUGCUUACUCAGAGAAAUGAAGUGAAAACCUCAGUCUCAUAUACUGUCAAGUAUUCAGAUGCAGAAGUCAAUCAAACUGGAUAUUUAAUCAGAGUGAUUGUGAUUAUUGUUGAGAUUACAGUGUUUGCUGCUCCUACUGUGAUUCUUUUACAGAUCAUCUGUGCAAGAAGAGCUGAAACCAGCGUGUGACCGCUUAGCCUAACAUUCACGGCUCAGACCCACUGCACCAGAAAGAGUGAGAGAGGGAGAGAGAGAGCACCGGGGCGCUGUUUGAUAUUUUCACUGAUUUAUUUACUUUCUUUAAUUAAUUAAACCACCCUCUGGGGUUUUUGUUUGAGCCACCAAAAUGCUGCCUAAGAUGACGGCCGCAGAUGACGUCGAAGCAUACCUGUGGAUGUUUGAAACGACUGCCUCGGACUGUCUUCCAUCUCGGGCCUAACAGUUGUUUAAUGACUGGGAAUAUAAACCUCUGGUGCCAGCCCGAGCACAAGCCGCCGAACUCUCUCGCCUGGCCCAGCACUGGCUGUUAGAGGGCCCUGUCAGCCAGUCAUGUGGCAGAGAGUGUUGUGGUCGAUCGGGUCCUGUGGGCCCUUCCCUGAGCGCACCGUCACAGUGUGCAUGCAGAUUUCAAGAGGCCGUCAAACUGGCGGCUAUGGUUCAACACCACUGCCAUAUACCCAGAGGGUGGUCUAUAGCUAUAUUUUGAUAUGUUCUGACUAUAUCCAGCCUAUUACAGUAACUUCAGAUGAACAGCACCCAUGAAGGGAUGGUUCUUGAGUGGACUCCAGAUUAAGCCAAUUUGAAAAACAAAAAAAACCUGUCAAAUUUGAUCCCAUUGUAAUCAACAUUUUUAUCAUUUUUUAAAUAUCCUAUAUGAUUGUAGAGUCGACUGCGAUUAACCCAUUCAUACAUGCUAAAACCCAGGCUAAAAUGUCAUUCACCUUAUCAAAUGCUGAACCAUUACAAGGUCGAAAUCAAAACCAAUAUACAUAACGCGGAGAAAGAUAGAAGAGCGUGCCUGCCAGGAAAAGUGUCAAGCACAAUAAGGCAUGGUUAUUAAACUCACUUGUCGGCCAACAAAGCCACACAAAGAGGGUGGGCGGAAGGAAAAUGGGGCCUAAAACUGCAACAAACACCUAAACCACCAGCCAGGAGGAACAGCAGUCUCCCAGAGGGGAGUCACAUACCUGAGCUACCGGUACGAGGCGCUUAUAUGCGUAAACUGAUGCUAAUUAUUAACGUCACAACCAGCAGCAAUAACGCAUGCCACAUGAAUAUCAUAUAUGAUUAUUACUUUGAUACGGUUACACCUGUGAACAUAAAUCUUAUCUGUAGAAACAUUUUUUAUAAAGCUGCUUUUAAGCAAUGUAUAAAAUAAAAAGUUCUAUACAAUUAAUUGUACGGAAAUUCAUUGAAUAAAACUUGCCCACUGGAACUACUUGAAGUCUAUGUGAAUUAUGUGAUGAUCAAGGAUAUUGAAUUUCCAUGUCACAAC